AGGGUCCUUGAAGAGCAAAUGGAGGUAUUGAGAAGCAAAGAGGGAGGGUUAUUGAGAUGGGAAGAUAUACAGAAGAUGAAGUAUACGUGGUGCGUGGCAUGCGAAGUAAUGAGGUUGGCUCCACCUGCCAAUGGUUCUUUCAGAGAGGCCAUUCCCGACUUUACUUACGCCGGUUAUACCAUUCCAAAGGGAUGGAAGGCGUUUUGGACGGUGCAUACAACAAACAAGAAUCCCACAUACUUCCCGGAUCCUGAGAGAUUCGAUCCAUCAAGAUUCGAAGGAAAUGGUCCAGCGCCCUACGCGUUUGUGCCAUUCGGGGGAGGUCCUCGGAUGUGUCCAGGAAAAGAGUAUGCGAGACUUGAAAUCCUGACAUUCAUACACAACCUCAUCACCAGUUUCAAAUGGACCAAAAUCAACCCCCAAGAGAAGAUCUCCUACAUCCCUUCUCCCAUUCCCGAGGAGGGCCUCCCCAUCAGCAUACAACCAAUGCCAAAUUAA